GUCCUCAAACUGUUUUAUGUUCUUUCAGUUUUGAUUUAGAUUUGUAGUUAAUGUUUUGGAUGCAUCAAAAGCAUGACUUGCAGUCAGAAGGCAAGAGUCCUUGUCAGCAUUUCAGUAAGUAGAGGUCAGAACAGAACAUGAGAACUUGACUUACAUAUUCAUAAUUGCAUACAUUAUCCCAAAAGAAGGUCUCCUAUCACACACUGUCCAUUUACACGCUUAGUUAAUAGUUUACUGGGCACUGUGAAGAUGGCAGCUGUUUUGUUUUUUUUCUAGACGAGAGAGUAAGUGUAAUCUUUUCUGCGUAAUAAGGAACAUGGGCUUUAUGCCUGAAGAAAGGAUACCAACAUUAUUUAUCUUUUGAAAAAGAAGAAAUCCUAGAAAUACUCCAUCCACCUAUGCACGUAUAUUGGCCAUAAACAGUCCUCCAAACACAGGUGCCAUUUUAUAUUAUCAUCUGUCAGUCUAUGAACACCUGCCACCAAAACAGAGGCAAAAGGAAGGAGAAAGUUUACAAGUUUUAGAAGAGAUUUUGGAGGUAUUUGAAAAUGUGAAACAGCUCUAAGCAGUUAGAGUUAGUAUGUUAGAUAGGUAGUUACCUUACUGAACAUAAGGCAAUUUCAUAAUGGCAUGGAGAAAGGAAAUUGAGCGAGAAAAUCAAACAGAAGCUAAUGUAAAUUUAAAUAAAAACUUCUUGUGUUUUUCUUGAACAGCUUCAAGCCUUACAAGAAAGCAAAAAUUAGUGGUAGGUAAAUCCAAAGUUGCAGUUUCAGAUGAAGAUAAUAAGGUGUGAUCCACUAUUUCCCAAUUUUCAGUGAGACCUUUUUACUAAUAUGGGUACAAUAGGAAUGUUUGAGACUCGGCUCAAAUCAGCUCCACAUUGCCCUGAGCACAGUGUUUAGAGUGCUCUAAGUGGCUUAGUUUAACAACAGUAAAGCUCAGCCUAAUGGGUGCAGCAGUUAUUCACAUCCAUUCCUGAAAAGAGAUGAAAGAGUUGCAGAGAAGACAAAAUUUUGGAGGUGGAACAAAAAAAACUUGGUUGCUUCCUAAUGGAAACCAAGCUGGAGGCUCUGCUACCCCUCUUCACUAGGAUGGGGUUCAGCAAAAUUGCUCAACCUUUGCCAUCAUAUGUCUGCAGAGGUGAUGAGCCUCUGCAUGCUGCAGCACUUGCAAACAGCCAAGCUGCACCAAGCAUGUUAUCAUCUACACAGAAGAUGAUAUGCAGUAGCUCUGGGGGGGAAAAAAGAAUCAAUCCAAGAAGCAGCGUGUAACUACUGUGAAACACAGGGCCUACGCCAGACUCCUGUGGCCCCAGGAGGGCAAACAAAAUGGGUCAAAUGCAAAUUCAUACAAAACAAGAGGCAAGCACUGAACGGGGAGCGAGUGGAAGCCUGAGGGUGGGGUGUAGUGGAGCCCACCAGGGCUGUGUCCUUGGGGUGUUGGGCAUCUUGAAGCUGCUGUCCUGGGCUGGUGGCUCCUUCCCCCACCAAAGAGAGCUGUGAGGUUUUUGAAUGCCUUGAAUUGCAGCCAGGUAAUUACCUUCAGGAAGUUUUCAUUUUGCUAAAUGUUAAUCCAGAGAGAGAGAGAGAGAGGGAGGAAGAAAAGGGGGGGAAAAUAACAUGAUAAACAACCAUUUCUAUUUAGAAGCCUUAUAAAGGAAGCUUUAAGUGUGAUCUUCAGGGAAAUAUUUCAUUUGUGUAAGUGUUAAUCCUAGGAGGAUACUUUCCCUUUGGAGGAUAUACACAAUGUCCAAAUAAGAGACCUGACACACUGCACUACCCAAAAUUAGCUUUGAAGAGCAUUGGCUUACUGUAACGGUGCUGCUUGCCAGAUUAUUGCCUGUGUCUUUUGAAGAAUCAAAAAAUAACAUCUCUGCUGAAGAGGCUGUUUCCUCAAGUUUACUUUCAGAUUUAUUUUUUUACUUCUACUAUUAAUUUAUUUCCUGCAUUCUGUUAAAAGUGGUGUUUACAGGUCAGAGAGCAUUAAAAAGGUUUCAUUUGGAGAGCAAAGCAAAACAAACACACACCACAAACAACAACAGCAAGCACCUCUCUGCCUUUGUUGAUUGUGCAGUUUACCAAAGGUUUAUGUUUUUCACAUCUUGCUGACUUGAUCUUGCAUGCUGAAUUGGUACAGAAGACAUUCUCCUGAUCUGGAAUAGGAGAUGGUAACAUUUCUGAUUAUUUUUUUUCUUUUUUUUUUUUUCCAAAAGAAUACUAAAACAGUCUUUGUUUUUAUGAUGCCACACUAGUGGUGAGUUUGACAUUAUCACAUUAACUGCUGAUGUAUAAAUGCAACACUAAUGUAUUAGAAUUAAAACAUUGUAUAAUGACCUUCCCUUGGUUCAGCCAUUAAAAAUACAUUAAUAUGCUUUCUUGCAAGUUGGACCUAAUGCAAUUUAUUCAUCAGUAACCGUUUCGUGGGUUUUUUGUUGUUGUUUUAUUUAUGAAUAUCUGUUUAUUUUCUGGAAAAUUAUUCUGACUUUGUCUUUUGCAAAAUAAAAGCCAUCAGCAUAUCAGGCACACUUACAUGGCCUUUAUUUUUUUUUAGAAGAGCAGGAGCUGGAAUAAGGAAAAGGAGUCUCCCUCGUUCUAGUGCAAAUUCAAGUGCUUUUGUUGGCCAGCUUUCCUCCAGUGUUGUGUGGUUCAACAUCCCCAUUUGUAAAAUUAGUAUAUUACCCAUCUCACGUGCAAAUUGAGCCUUAAUUAACAGAUGUUUGUAACUGCUUUCACAUCCUCCUAAGAAUCACACUACGUGAGUGCAAAGCAGUUGUUGCUGGGACAUAAGAACAACAGGGGAAGGCUUUGCUGGAGGUGGGGAGAGUUUUCUGAUGCUUUUUUUUGUGGUUUUUUGUUUUUGUUUUGUUUUUGUUAGCUACUUCUGUACUUCUUUAUAACUACUUGUUUUGAAGUGGGUGGGGCAUAAGAUGGCAAAGAAGACCAACCAAAACUAUCUUCCAUAUAAUAGCUGUUACUUCACGUCUUCCUUUCUCCGCCUUCCAUGCACCAAGGCUUUGAAGCCUUAAAAAGCAAGCUCAGAGUUGAACAAAAGGACUGCUGGUACAGCAGUAGGCAUGUCGCAGCAUACUUGAAGACAGCAGCUGUCAGGACACAGGAGCUGAAAAUGCAACCACGUAUGCAGGCUACAGGAAAGCUUGGCCUUGGGCGUUUUGCUUUCACUUCGCUACUGGUAACCCUUUGUGUGCUGCAAAUGAUUUUUAAAGUUGGGGGAGCACAAAGUCAGAGACUAUGUCUGGAAAUAGAUAAAGCAACUGGUAAUAGCUGUAUGGGUCACAGUUAUGAAGUAUGAGCAGCUCUGCAUUUUGGCAGCUUGGCUGUUAUCUGAUUGUGAGCUUCCUCAGAUGGGAACUGCUGCCGACCCAAUUUUAAUCAGUUGCAAUUUUGCCUUUACAUCUAAAUUAGAAUAACUUGGAUUGAACAGGAAAUGAAAUGUCUGCUCAGAAGUGUUUCUGUAAAGCAGUAAAUUUCAUGCUUUAGUUUCAUGGAGCAUCUCCAGUCUGACACUCCUCAUUUUACCCAGAUGUUACAGGGGCUGUAACUCAAAUGUAUUUUACGUCAGUCCCCUGAUUGUGAAGUUAAAUAAACAGUCCACAAACCAUAUAAGCAUGUCUCCCCAAAGCCCUCUCUCUUUAAAGCAUGCACGUACAAGUAUUACACAGGAGUCUGGAGCUAGAGUGGAAACUUUCUCUUCCAUUGUCUCAAAUCCGCCUUCUUUUGGGAGCAACCACAGCUCACCCUUGCUGAUGGCUGCUCAGUGGGAAGGAGUGAGAGGAGCUGGUGUAUCAGUUACUGCAAGUAAGCAGGCAUAUAUUUGGCACAUCUCAGCACGGCCCAAUAUACCUCUUGGCUGUGCUGAGUUUCGUUAGAAAGACGGGGCUUGAUUUGUGGCUAAAAUCUGAUCUGCAACCCAAAAUAUCUCUCCUCAGCAAGUUGUUGCUCCCACACUUUCCACCUAUGUUAAAUCCAGUUAAAAUGCAAACAACUGUCUCCAAGGUUCAGCUAACAUCUGUUUGCAUGCUUGUUGUCUGAUACAAAAGCUAAUUAUCACAGAUCCUUCUUCAACGUUUUCUUCUGCCUUCACUGAUUGUCCACAGUCUUGAUAUCUGGAGCAUAAACGCCAAGGCUGAAACGUGCAUUCAGUUAGAAGAUGACUCUUGACUGACCUACAUAACAGUUCAUUCAUGAGAUAAUGUGACCUGCAGUCAUAGAGAUAAAAGUCAGUUGAUUGAGCUGGGCUGGCUGUGUAUACUGCAAGCUCUCCAGUGAUUGAGGAAUCAUCUAAAAUUAGACUUACACUUUAUGUUAUCGAGAGCCUUUCAGAUCUGACUCUGUUUCGGUAAUAUUUCUUUUAUGAGAUGGGCGUAUAAUUUGUCACAUUGUAAUCUUUUAAUGCUUAACUUCAUUAGCAUGAAGUACUUGGGCAUCAAAUAAAAUGAGCAAUUAAGUGAUUUAUACUUAAGGUCUGCUCUCGGUUCAGGGCUUAGGUAGGCAGCCUCCCAUGAAGAGGAGAGAUCGAGCAUUUACCAGUCUUCACCACUUCCUUUGGAGAGCCACAAAAUGGUGCUUUUGGUAGUUGAACCUCCUUGUGUGUGUAUCCCAAUUGGCUGCUGCCACAGCACAAGUUACUAUGCAUAUUUAUACUAAAGGUUAUUGAUUGUCUGUAGUGAAAUCUACAGGGCGUUUUACCCAGUUUUUGCCUAUUAGAUUUACAAAAGGGAGAGCUCACUGCGGAAGUAAGUUCACCAGAAGGAAAUGGUUGAAGUGUAAUGUGAAGCGAUGCUCUUGGUAUUGCUAAUAACCACAAAGGAAGCUCAGAUAAAGGUUGUAGGUCUGACAGAAACCUUCCUGCGCAUGCUCGCAAAGUAAGACGGUUCAAGAGAGAACACGGCUGUCUCUUCCAGACCAAGGGACUGUGAGUAACGGCACAGCUAACAAGAUGAAUGGAGCUUUGGAUCAUUCAGACCAACCAGACCCAGAUGC